AAAGAGGGAACAAGCAAUUAUUAUUUCAUGAGAAUAUCCCCUGGGGAGUGUUUUUUUUUAUUUAUUUGGUUUUGAUGCCGUGAACCUGGAACUAUGCCCGCAGCCACUGUGGAUCAUAGUCAAAGAAUAUGUGAGGUUUGGGCCAGCAACCUGGAUGAGGAGAUGAAGAGGAUCCGACAGGUGACCCGAAAAUUCAACUAUAUUGCAAUGGACACAGAGUUUCCAGGUGUAGUUGCAAGACCAAUCGGUGAAUUUAGGAGCAAUGCUGAUUACCAGUACCAGCUGCUGCGGUGUAAUGUUGACUUGUUAAAGAUCAUCCAGCUUGGCCUUACAUUUAUGAACGAACUGGGUGAAUACCCUCCAGGGACGUCGACAUGGCAGUUCAACUUCAAAUUUAACCUCACGGAAGAUAUGUAUGCACAGGAUUCCAUUGAGUUGCUCACCUCGUCAGGUAUCCAGUUUAAGAAGCAUGAGGAAGAGGGUAUUGAGACACUGUACUUUGCUGAGCUGCUUAUGACCUCAGGUGUGGUGCUUUGUGAGGGGGUCAAGUGGCUCUCAUUCCAUAGGUAA